GAUUUGUGUAGUGAAGUCUGGUCGUCUGCAGAGCUGAUAUGAAGGAAGUAUGGCUGACCCUCGUACUGGGUUUAUAUAUCUGUACCAUUUUGAGCGAACAAGAGACUUUUCCGCAGGCAUUUGCAAAUCAAAUUAAAGAUUAUUGCGUGGAAGACAAAAUUUGUGAUAAAACGGCAAAAUGCCUUUCUCUAAAUGACCACUACAAAUGCAUCUGCGAAGAAGGAAAGGAGGCUGCUAAGAAACCGUGUCUGGAGCUAGAAUGCCCAGAAGUCAGCAAUUUCACAACCACAGAGAAAAGUGAACAGCUCUCGAAUUUGGCCUCCUUGAUCACUGAGAAUUGCGAAAAUUACAAGAGGAAUGGCUCCAGUAAUCUAAUUCUGUCGAAUGUGUUCGGCAGCAUCAACCAGAUCAUAGAAGACAACAACCAGUGGGAGGAAAUGGAGGAGGAUCAACGCACAAAAGUUGCCUUGCUCCCGAUGGAUUUUCUGGAGCGUUCCAUAGAGCUGUAUGUGGUAAACAUGAAAAUGGAGAAUUACAGCUUAACAGUGGGUGGUCUAGACCUUCAAGUCAAACUUCUUAGAAAUGAAACCGUCAGAGUCAACAGAACUGUGACACUAUUGGCAAACCAAAAUCAGAUGGAAUUCCAUUGGGAAACAAAGAAGUCGAAUUAUAAAUUUGAAUUUGCAGCUGUUUCUUUCGUUGUCUGUAUGAAGUUGGGGGCGUUACUGAAUGUGAAAGAGCUGGAAAUGGAGAAUAAGAAGUUUGGGAAGGAGCAUUUGGAGCUGCAUUCAAACCUGCUGAUGGCCAUACUGACCACCACCAAUCAAAGUCUUGAAAACGUCACAUUUAUCAUCAAAAACAAAGAGGUAGAUAACGUCGAUGAAUACACAGUCUGUGUCUUCCUGCGUAAGAGCCAGGGAAGGGUUUUCUGGUCAACCACUGGCUGUAGGAAGACAUUCUCCAAUCAGUCCCACACAUUCUGUAACUGCAAGCACCUGAGUAACUUCGCCGUGCUGGUUGCUCUUUACAAGGUGGAGGAUCCUGCUCUUAACAUCAUUACUUACGUCGGCAUCUUGAUCUCACUGGUGGCAUUGUUAAUGGCGGUCAUCACAUUCACCAUGUGCCGGGCUAUCCAGAGCUCACGGACCACUAUCCACACGCACCUCUGCCUCUGUCUAUUCCUGGCAGAACUGCUGUUCCUUAUCGGAAUAUCCAAAACCGAAAACAAGGUUGUGUGUGCUACCAUUGCUGGGCUCCUGCAUUACCUCUUCCUGGCAUCUUUUAUGUGGAUGCUUCUAGAAGGAUUCCAUCUCUACCUGCUGGUGGUAAAGGUCUUUCAGGCCCGGAGUCUUUAUGGGAAGUACACCUAUCUCGUUGCCUAUGGCAUCCCAGCUCUGAUCGUCAUUCUUUCUGCAGCAGUGUACCCGGAGGGCUACGGAACCAAAGAACACUGUUGGCUGACAAUGAAGAAGGGAUUUCGCUGGAGUUUUGUGGCUCCCAUGUGUAUCAUCUGCCUGGUAAAUCUUGUUUUCCUCAGUUUGACAAUAUGGAAGCUGAUUCAGAAAUUCCAUUCCAUCAAUCCAGAUUUAACGGACUUACAGAACGUCAGAGUGUUUGUCAUAACUGCGAUUGCUCAGUUGGAGUUGCUGGGCUCUGCCUGGAUUUUUGGAGUUUUCCAUUUCCAAAGGAGAACCAUUGCACUGGCGUAUAUCUUCACAAUCCUCAACAGCUUCCAGGGAACAUUCAUCUUCAUUCUGCACUGUGUCAUCAACAAGCAGGUGAGAAGUGAGUAUCAGGUGUGGUUUGUAAACGUCUGCAACUUCCUGAAGUUAUCAAAAUACUCGUCAUUUGCCAAUUCGUUCCUGCCUUCUUCCUCCUCCUCUCAUGCUGGCACCUCUGCAACCUACGAGUGAAUUUGUGGGCAUCAGUCACUGAUAAAACAUCUCCUCUCAAGUUCUGUCGAGUGUAAUACUUCCAAUAGUUUUUGUAAAAUUUAAGUAGAGAAAGUUUAUUUUGUAAUGACAUAAGCUUGGACUGUUAAUAUCCAUUCACUGUUCAUUGACCAGAGGAAAAAAUAUUGUUUUAACCCAUAGUUCAAUCCAGGUUUGUAUUAUCUAUGGAUUUUGGUUUGUGAUUUCCUGACAAUUAAUUUGCAAAGGCUUAAACAGCUUCCUGCUUCUUCAUCUGAGUCCUGUGGUCUCAGCACACUGCUUAUCAUCUGUCUAUAUCUCAAGCCCAUCUCCCUGCCAUUUGCCUGACAAGAAAAAUCAAACAAACUUAGUCUGAGGAGCUCCAGUAAAUUUGGGACCUGCAACCUUUUGCAGCGGAGAACUGGAGAAGCUGCAACCUUUGUGAAUUGCUUCUGAAUUCAUGCUGAAAUGAAUGUAAAAUCAUUUUUAAAACCUCUUGCUCUCUAGAACUCAAACAUUGGAAUUUUUAGAUUUCCCAAAUCCCUGCCUCUUCAAGGUCAAUGUACCAACCCACAGAGAAACAUAUUUAUCUCUUCAUUCAUUCACAUUUCUUAGAAUUGUUACUGAAGAGUAAGAGGCUGGAAAGAUUAUUGUGCCUGUGGUUGCAAUCUCAUAAACACCAUUUUCCAUUCACCCAGUGAAUUAUUCUCUGUCAAAACAUUUUUUUUAAUUUGGUGCAAUUGGACACACCUUGCUUGUUACCCUAUUAGAGAGACAGGAAUACAGCAGUGCAGGGAUUUACUUCCUGAGGUAGCAGAGUUCUGCACCACUAAUCCAGAUACAGCAGUUCAAAUCCCACCACUGCUACAUUUCCUUUCUUCUGGUUAGAUCAUAUGUGCCCCCAAGCUCACCAAUGUGUGUGUAACUGCCCCUCAGUUCCAUAUAACGAAAGUUGGCAUUGCCAAUGAUAUCUGUGUCACAAACAAGUACAAAUCCUGACAGUGAUUGGCCUGAAUUAACGGCACUCUGCAGCAUUUUGCUUUUCCACUUUCAGUUCACCGGACACCAUGUAACCAGCUCCAGGUCUAACCUGACAAGAUGAAUCUCAAAGCUCCAUCCCACCAACGAUGGUGUAGUAUUAGUUGUUUAGAUCACUUUAGCUCUGCAAUAUUGCCUUACCUCAGUGCUUUUGAUAUUGCCAGCAGAAUGUACAUAAUUAAAUAAAGUGUUUUAUUGAUAAAUUGCCUUCUAAAUCUUUUAACAACAUUGUAAACAAUGAACUUAUAAUAGUUAUUCACUGUAUCUAAAUUCCUCAACUUGUACUCAGCUCGGCUUUUCCCCAGCCAUUGGUGUCUUUGUUGAAACCAGCUCUCUAGAAUGUCUCCCUUUAUACCUUUCUGCCUUUGUGGCUUCCAUUCAUGCUUUGUGGCCACACCUGAAGCAAGAGCAUAUUCAAUUAAGUCAGUGUAAACAAUAGGAAUGGGAAGUGGAAUUAAAAUUGGCGGUCACUGGCAGAUCUUGCUUUUUCUGGCGGACAGAGCAUAGGUGCUAGGCGAAGCGGUCUCUCAAUCUACAUGGCCUCUCACCGAUAUGCAUUCCAAUUUUCCCAUUGUAUUUACCUUCCUUACCACCAACUAAACCUGCAAGUUAAACCUCUGGCACCUUUGAUUUUUGAAUUUUCUCCCCAUUUUGAAAAUAGUCCGCACCUUUAUCAUUGAUAAAUGACAUGAAAAGGAACAGUCCCAACGCCAACCCCUGUGGCACACUACUAGUCAGUCACUAGCAGCCAACCAGAAAAGGCCCCCUUAAUUCUCACUCUUUGCCUUCUGCCAGUCAGCCAAUCAUUUAUCUGUGCUGGUACCUAUCCAGUAAUUCCAUGGGCUCUUAUCUUGCUAACCAGCCUCAUGUUCAGCACCUUGUCAAAGGCCUUCUGAAAAUCCAAAUAAACAACAUCCACUGACUCUCCUCUGUCUAUCCUGCCUGCUAUUUCCUCAAAAAAUUCCAGCAGAUUUUCUCUUGAGAAAACCAGGCUGACUUUGUCUUAUUUUAUCAUGUGCCUUCAAGUACUCCAAAUGCUCAUCCUGAAUAAUAGCAUUCAACAUCUUUCCUACCAUUGAAGUCAGCUAAGUUUCGGAUAAUUUAAUCACAAACAAGAGAAAAUCUGCUGGUUUCCUUUUCCCUCUCUUACCUUAUCUCCUUGCCUGCCCAUCGCCUCCCUCUGGCACUACUCCCCCCUUUGCUUUCUUCCAUGGCCUUCUGACCUCUUCCAUCUGACACCCCCCUUCACCAGCCAACUUCCCAGCUUUUUGCUUUUCUCCUUGGAGCGGCGGAGGAUGAGAGGUGACCUGAUAGAGGUGUAUAAGAUGAUGAGAGGCAUUGAUUGUGUGGAUAGUCAGAGGCUUUUCCCAAGGCUGAAAUGGCUAGCAUGAGAGGGCACAGUUUUAAGGUGCUUAGAAGUAGGUACAGAGGAGAUGUCAGGGGUAAGUUUUUACGCAGAGAGUGGUGAGUGUGUGGAAUAGGCUGCCGGUGAUGGUUGUGGAGGCGGAUAUGACAGGGUCUUUUAAGAGACCCCUGGAUAGGUACAUGGAGUUUAGAAAAAUAGAGGGCUAUGGGUUACGACUGAGAAGGUGCUCAGGAAGCUUAAUGGUCUGAGGGUGGAUAAAUCUGGACCUGAUGGAAUGCACCCUCAGGUUCCGCAAGAAGUAGCUGGAGAAAUUGCAGAGGCAUUAUCGAUGAUUUUUCAAGAACUAAUAGAUUCUGUUAUUGUACCAGAUGACUGGAAAAUUGCAAAUGUUACUCUGCUAUUUAAGAAGGGUGGGAGACAGCAGAAAGGAAACUAUAGAUCUGUUAGCCUGACAUCAGUGGUUGGGAAGUUGUUGGAAUUGAUUGUUAGGGAUGAGAUUACAGAGUACCUGGAGGCACAUGACAAGAUAGGCCAAAGCUAGCAUGGUUUCCUGAAAGGAAAAUCCUGCCUGACAGACCUACUGCAAUUCUUUGAGGAAAUUACAAGCAGGGUAGACAAAGUAGACAUGGUGUACUUAGAUUUUCAGAAGGCCUUUGACAAGGUGACACACUUGUGGCUGCUUAGCAAGAUAAGAGCCCAUGGACUUACAAGGAAGUUAUUAGCAUAAGUGGAGCAUUGGCUGGUCAGCAGAAAACAGAGUGGGAGUAAAGGGAUCCUAUUCUGACUGGCUGCCAGUUACCAGUGGAGUUCCACAGGGGUCGGUGUUGGGACCAUUGCUUUUUACGAUGUACGUCAAUGAUUUGGACUACGGUAUUAAUGGAUUUGUGACUAAAUUUGCCGAUGAUACAAAGAUAAGGGGAGGAGUGGGUAGUGUUGAGGAAACAGAGAGCCUGCAGAGAGACUUGGAUAAUUUAGGGGAAUGGGCAAAGAAGUGGCAAAUAAAAUACAAUUUUGGAAAGUGUAUGGUCAUGCACUUUGGUGGAACAAAUAAAUGGGCAGACUAUUAUUUAGAUGAGGAAAAAAUUCAAAAUGCAGAAAUGCAAAGGGACUUGGGAGUCCUUGUGCAAGAUACACUAAAGGUUAACCUCCAGGUUGAGUCGAUUGUGAAGAAGACGAAUGCAAAGUUGGCAUUCAUUUGUAGAGGGAAAGAAUAUAAGAGCAGGGAUGUGAUGUGGUGGCUCUAUAAGGCACUCGUGAGACCACACUUGGAGUAUUGUGUGCAGUUUUGGGCUCCUUAUUUUCGAAAGGAUAUACUGACAUUGGAGAGGGUUCAGAGAAGAUUCAUAAGAAUGAUUCCAGCAAUGAAAGGGUUACAGUAUGAGGAACAUCUGGCCGCUCUUAGGCUGUAUUCUCUGGAGUUCAGGAGAAUGAGGGGGGAUCUCAUAGAAAUAUUCCGAACGUUAAUAGGCCUGAACAGAUUAGAUAUGGCAAAGUUAUUUCCCAUGGUAGGGGAUUCUAGGACAAGAGGGUACGACCAUUUAGAACAAAGAUGCAGAGAAAUUACUUUAGUCAGAGGGUGGUACAUCUGUGGAAUUUGUUGCCACGAGCGGCUGUGGAGGCCAAGUUAUUGGGUGUAUUUAAGGCAGAGAUAGAUAGGUGCUUGAUUAGCCAGGGCAUCAAAGGGUAUGGGGUGAAGGCAGGGAAGUGAGGAUGACUCGAAGAAUUGGAUCAGCCCAUGAUUGAAUGGCAGACCAGACUCAAUGGGCCGAAUGGCCUAUUUCUGCUCCUAUAUCUUAUGGUUUUAUGGGUAAACUUGGGUAAUUUCUAAGUAAGUACAUGUUCGGCACAGCACUAUGGGCCAAAGGGUCUGUAUUGUGCUGUAAGUUUUCUAUGUUUCAUCCUCCCCCUUCAGAUCGCCUUGUAUUUCUCUGUCCCCUCCGUCCCAUCUUUUAAAUCUACUCCUCAGCAUUUUUUCUCCAGUCCUGCCGAAGAGUCUCGGCCUGUAAUGUCAACUGCACUCUUUUCCAUAGAUGCUGUCUGGCCUGCUGAGUUCCUCGACCAUUUUGUGUGUGUGGUGGAUAAUUUUAUUUCUUCUGCCUUUCGGUUCCAUGCUUGACCAUUUGAGAUGUCCACUUUUUUUUCAAAGAAAGGGGUUUCCCUUUCAUCACUAUUAAUUCCCUCCUCAACUUCCCAACAAAUGCCCCCAUCCCAUCUUCCGGUCGCCAUUACAGGGAUAGGGUUCCACUUGCACCUACCACCACAUGAGAGUCUGUAUCACGUACAUCGUUCACCAUAACUUCCGUCGUCUCCAACCGGAUCCUACCAAUAAACAAAUUGUUCCCUCACUCCUUCUCCAGUUUCCGCAGCAGUCACACUCUACAUGACUUACUUGUCCAUGCAUUCCUCCCCACUGAUCUCCCUCCUUGUACUUUUCCCUGCAAACAUGACAAAUGCUACACCUGUCCCUACAUCUCCUCCCACACCACCACUCUGGGCCUCAAACAGUCAUUCCUGGAGAGGCAGCAUUUAAACUGUGACACGCAAAAUACUGAGGAACUCAGCAGGACAGGCAGCAUCUAUGGAAAUAAAUAACCAGUUGAUGCUUCAGGCCGGGAUCAUUUAUCAGGACUGGAAAACAAAUGAAGAAGGUGGGGGAAAUGGAGCUGGGAAGUUGAUUA